AUGAAGUUCUUUUUGUUAGCACUUUUGCCUGCUCUCAUUUUCGCUGGUGACAAUGCCUUAUCGCUUUCCAUUAACCAAGCUCCACUCCAUGAAAUUGUGCAGAUUUUACUAGCAUUUGGGGAAGGAUAUUCCAUCAAUUACACGCUAGGAAAUUUUACAUUCAAUUUCAACGCUGGAUUCAAAGGGGAAUUGGAACUGAUGAACGUCCAGCUUCAAGGUGUAACUGCAAACCUGACAACUUCAGGGCUAACAUUUAAAGAGCCAGACGAAAUACAGCUAGCUAUAAACGAUGGAAAAAUCGUUGUGACCUUCAACUAUCUCCUAAAGUACGGAUUAACUUAUAAAGGGACAGGGACUCUUACCAUUUUAGGUCUCGACUUUGACUAUUUCAUAACAGUCAUACAGACUCAGCCUAAAGACAAAGCCCAAAUCCUUAUCCGACAUCUGGCUGCAGUUAUAACCAACAUAGAGCUCACCACAACUGGCUUGUCAAGUACAAUUAAGAAAUUGCUGCUGGAAGCGAUGAUAUCAGAAAUCCCUACCCUUGAAAAAACAAUAGAAGGGUACGUUGCUAAUAAAACAGAUGAUAUUAAUAUGCUGUUAUACAUCCUCCCUUAUGAGCUUGAAAUAAAAUGGUGACGUUGACGGAACAUCCUGAUGUGCUGAAAGUUGAGCCUCUGUCCCGAUGGAAUUAGGCCUUCAGGCUUGGGGGUGCCUUGCCGAAGAGGGAAGUUUUAUUUCUCCUUCGAAGGUUUUCCCUGUCCUGGGCUAGACAGGUUUUGCCUACCACGUGGUCUUUCCUCAUCGGGACCAUAGGGGUGCUAUUUAAGGAGGCUCUGUCCAGGGUGAGUUAAUCCCCUGGACAGGUGGUUCAGGAUGGAAAUCCAAAAUGGCAUCCUCGGAUGCCAUUUUGGAGCCGAGACGGGGCAGAUGUUCAGCGCCUGCGGAGCGUUUAUGGCCGGAUACUUAAUAACUUAACUUACGAGCUUGAACUGGAAUCACUCCGCUCAAUCAUAGAUUUACAUUUAACCCAAAAUACUUCAGUAAGCAAUGGAUAUCUUAGCAUUCCAUUCUUAGGGGAAGUAUAUAACUCUACUACUAAAUCUUCAUUUAUCCCAUUCAAGGCUAUAGAUCUCCCAGCUUAUGGAGCUGAUGGGCUGGACUUCCAAAUCUUUUUAUCAGACUAUUUCCUGAACUCUUUGGUAGUCGCCUAUUGGGGACUUUUAAAUAUUGACUUAAAGCAGCUUCCUCCAACUAUUCCUUUGAAAUUGACAACUGAUGGGCUGGCAUUUUUGAUACCAAACUUAAAACAGACCUACGGAAAAGGGAAAAAUGUCGCACUUACCUUCAACUCAGACCCUGCUUACCAGUACCCAACAGUAUGGACCAACAAUUCUUUGAAUUUCAACGCAACUUUACAAACUAAGUUUGCAGUCCAAACCUCCUCAACUGCAUGGACAAAUGCAUUGGACUUAUUAACAUCAAUCUACAUCAAUGCCAAUUUGCACCUUAACGGCACAGUCCUCAACUUUGAUAUAAACACCCUUGACCUUUGGCAAGUCUCCGUAAUAAAUUCCAAUGUAGGAACCGUCAAUACAGCUGUCUUGAGCAUGCUAUUAGAAAACCUGUUUGACAUAUUGGUGCCAAUUAUCAAUAAUGACUUAGGAAAAGUUAAUAUUUCUUUGCCUAAGAUCAAAUACAUCGAGUUCACUGAUGACAUUUUAGUCCUAAAUAAUGGCUACAGCGAAAUCGCAGCUAACAUCGCUCCAAGUAUCAUUUAA